UCGAAAUCAGCUGUUUGCCUAGGAAUGUGUGAAAUCGAAACAAAACAAAGAAAUAUUUGCCACCAAAUUAUAGCAGCUUCAGAAGAUAACAAUUUGGAAACAUAAUCAUGGAAUCCAUAGCCGCGGCAUUAUUGCUUGAAGAGGAGCACAACGCAUCCCGGAAUGCUGAGGUGAAAGUGGAAAGGCAGAGAUUAAGAGAUAUGUGUGAUCCGUUCCAAAUGAGCGAAGAAUUAUUCAAAAAGAACUUUCGACUUAACAAGGAUGCUUUCAAGUAUGUUUUGGAUACUUUUGCAAGAGAAACUCAGCGAAAUACCUUAACGUCUGUAUCACCGCUUAACCAAGUAGUGGCCGCGAUACAAUUUUUUGCGGGGGGCAGUUACCAACACGGAGUUGGUGCAGACUAUAAUGUCGGAAUGGGUCAGGCAAGCAUGUCACAGUCCAAAUUUCUUGAAGUGAUGCAACGAAAGCUUUGUCCUGAAUGGAUAAAAUUUGAGCAGACUGAAGAGGAAAAUACAAGCAAAACAGGAGUUUUAUGCGAAGGCUGGCUUCCCAGGGGUCAUCAUGUGCAUUGAUGGCAUGCA